AUGCGGAAGCUCUUCAGCACAGCAGCAGCAACUGCUGCUGUUGUGAACUUAACUGUUAGGCAGAAAACCGUUGCAUCGGUUUCUGUUUCCGUUCAGUGCCCAAUAGUAGUUCGAGCAUCGCCGGCAGUAGCAGUACGAGCACUACAGUCGGCUGCAGCAACCGCAUCGCCAGCAGCAACUGGUGAUGGGCUCCCUUUUAGUAUCAAUACAGUAUCUCUUGAUAGGGUGCAUAAAAGAAGCUGUGCUGCGAUAACGCUUCUGAGAAGAGGCUUUACCCACGGUGCACAAGCGAGAAGCACAAGACAGCUGGGAGCAGCAGCACUACGGGCAGCACCACCAACAACACCGGCGCAAACAGUGUGUCCCUCUGCUGCUACAGAAGGCUGCAUUAUAAGGGCUCUGCGCCGCGCUGCAUCGCGAAAGAAUUCCCUGUUGCAAUUUCAAGCGGCUGCUGCGGCCGCGAUCUCUGCUCUGCAACAGCGGCAGCUGCAGCCGCGAGAAGCCGCACAGGUGCUGCAGGUGUUAUCGAGACACCAGGAAUUGCUGCCACGGAAGAUCUGGAAAGAUGCAGCAGCUGCACUUUUGCCGAUGUUGCAACAGCAGCAGCAUUUAGCAAACCCACAGGAAAGCGUCACUCGCCGCUGCUGGGGCCGACAGCAAGAGCAGCAAGAGCAGCAGCAACAGCACGGCGAGAUGUAUGACAGAUCUGUCCAGGAGAUAAAGCAGCAAGCACACGGGAAAGAGAACAAAGCGCAGCAGCUACUGUCUGCGGGGGACCUUGCAUGGAUUUUGAACGCAUUCGCUCGAGUUAACCACAGGCCAGCCCUCGUUCUUCAAGAGGCUCUACGCUUACUUUCCCCUGAAGACGCAGCACAACAGCUGCACGGGAGACAGAAGCAAGCCGAUAAGAACUAUACUGAGUGGUGCAGUCUUGGACGUGGAGCGUUCGUGCAGGCUAACGCUAGCGCUGAGCAGCAGCAGCAACAGCAGCAGCCGCAGCAGCAGUUGCGGGUAGGAGCUGAAGCCGCUGUUGCAGUGCCUGAAGCUUCAGAAGCGACUGGUAGCGCUGCUUAUAUGGUUGCUGCUAGAGAGAGAUCAGCUGGAGAAGCAGCGGACUCCACCAUAUGGGAAAUUAAAGACGGAGAGGUAGCUGCGGCAGCAAAAGUAUCAACUGCUGCGGCUUCUUUAUCAUCAGCAGUUGAAGGAGCAGCAGCGGCAACGGCAGCCGCUGCAGCAGAAGCAGCUGGAAUAAACGUUCCUUCAUUGGGGGCACGAGGAAGGGAUGCUACAGCUGCAACGGUAGCUACUACAGCAGGAGCAGCUUGCCCUGCAUUUCCACCGAUGCCGGAGCAACUUCACAGCACAGUGCCUACCAAUGCUGCAGUUGAUGCCGCGGCUAUUUUCUGUACAAAUAAAGAUACAGUGGUGUUGCUGCAUGCUGUGUCCAAGCUGCAGAUGGAGGCGCCCUUGCUGCUGCAGCAACUACGGCAGUGGCUGCUGCAGUCGCUGCACGAACUUUCGCCAGUGCAGCUCUGUGUUGCUGUGCAUGGAUUAGCUGCAGCGAAGCAGGCAACUCCUCAGCUGCUGCACAGAGUUGCAUCUCAUUUGCUUCAGCCUCUGCAGCUGCAGGAAGAACCGUCUAUAGAGCAGCAAAGGCGAUAUGGGGGUCAGAAGCAACAGCAACUGCAACAGCAUCAAGCGCAACAACAGCAGCAACAAGAAGAAAGAACACAAGAGCAGCAACAUGGACGUCUGCGGCUGCAUGAGUUGGAUGCAGGAGGCGCCAUCAUGCUCUUGUUGGCACAGCUGAGAAUGCACCAGGCAAAUGGGCGGCUGUGCCGCGCUGUGAUGCAGCACAUUCUGUCGAUCGGAGGCAGCAGCAGUAAAGGCAAAAAGGGGAGCAAGAAUAAGGAGAAGAGCCGCAGUAACGUUUCUUCACUUCAAACAACUGAGCUUGCUGCUGCUGAGGAGGCCUGCAGCCUGAGUAGCAGGAGCAGCAGCAGCGCCACCUCGUCUCUUCUACAGCACCUGAGUGGGAAGGAGGUUGCUGUGCUGCUAGUGCACCUGGCGAGACACCACAAGGUACACACAGAAGCAAAUCUUCAGUCCAUAGCAGCAGAGGGCAUCAUGCUGCUGCCAACCCUUGGAGACCGUUCGCUGCUGCUGGCAGCACAUGGCCUCGCGCUGCUGCUCCCGCAGCUGCAGGAGCAAACAGACGGAGCAUCAGCAACACUACAGCAGCAACAACGGCGGGUUGCUGCUGUCGUUUCUUCUCGAUUUGCUGCGCAUCCCCCUGGGGGAUGUCAGGGUUUCGCUCUGCUCCAGGUUUUGCAUUUGUUGCUCAAGGGGCAUUUGCAGCAGAACUACCCUCCCACCUGCAGCAGUCUGUUACAGCACCUGCAGGCCCUGCUUGCUCGACAUGUCCAUAGGCUGAAAGACGCGCAACUAGCUGCGGCUGCUGCGGCGGCUGCUGCUCUCGGUUGUCUGGGCAGCUCCUUAAAAGACGAGUUCAUCACUGAGGCGGCGUGCCGCCUGAACCGUCUUAACCGGAGGCAUGCGGCAGCCCUUCACAACGCACUGCAACCGAAUCAAGGGCUGCAGCAGCAGCAGCAGCAACAGUUCUACGCAGCGGACUUGAAUCUAGAAGAGGAUGAGUGGCUGUUUGACUCUACUGAAGACUCUCAGCCAGAGGCGGAUCGACAAGAGCAAGAGCCCCUGCUGCUGCAGGAGCUGCAGCAACAGCAGAUGGCUGCCGAUGCUGCAAUUGAAGGUACUCUGGAGGUAUUACACUGCCUCUCGCUGCGUGCGCAGGGCCUUCCAGCUUGGUCUCAAGUGCCUCCUUGUAAUUCUGCGAAGGGCUGA